AUGGGAUCAGAAGUUACAGGUUCGAUACCCGCUUCGGGCAGCUUGAUGUCAAGCAAAGUGAGCAGUCCUUGUGGAGCACCCCAAGUACCACCAAACGCCCGAUAUAGGUAUACAAAUCAAGGACUCAACGCAGAUUACCUGUGUGAUCCUGGUUAUGAAUUAUUAGGAGCACCUGGCUCUGUCUCAUGUGACCAGGUUGAGAAGAAAUGGCGGGGUGAUAUACCUUUUUGUGGUGUCAAUGUAGCUCUGCACAGACCGGCAAAUCAGUCAUCAGAAGCUCGAGGAGGUUCUGCAAAGCACGCAAACGAUGGUCAUGGAUCUGGAGGUGAUAGAAAGUGUUCUGAAACUUUGAAGGAACCAGCUCCUUGGUGGAGUGUUGAUUUACUGAUACCUUACGAAGUUCGUCUAGUCAGGAUAGCUACCAGGGGUUGCUGUGGCCAACAACCUUUACAAGAUUUAGAAAUUCGUGUUGGUAACAGCAGUACGGACUUACAAAGGAAUCCAUUGUGUGCCUGGUAUCCUGGUACUGUCGAGGAAGGAGUUACAAAGUCAUUUGCAUGUGCCAGGCCAGUUGUUGGCAGAUAUGUUGCAGUACAACUGGUGGGAUCACAGGCUGCUCUUUCUUUGUGUGAAGUUGAAGUUUUUACAGCCGAUGAAUUUUCUAGCGAUGCUUGUGCACCUCAGGGGGCUGCUGCGUCCCUUCAAGUCGCCUCUUUUACUAGAUCAUGCUACGAAUUUGCUUCUCAGCGCGGCGCCUCCUUUGCAGAGGCUCGGGAUUCCUGUAAAAAACACGGUGGAGAUCUACUUCACGAUUAUGAUGCACUUACACAAAGUUUUUUGUUGUCUGAGCUGGACCGAAGGAAAGAAUCCCUUAAAACUCAACUGGUAUGGAUUGGGGUCCAGAAAGAACCUGGUAUAGCAGCUAGUACUUGGAAAUGGGUUAAUAAUGCCACAGUGUCGAGACCAGCAUGGGGUAAAGACCAGCCCAAUAAUUACAAUGGUGAGCAAAAUUGCGCAGUUCUGGAUGGCGGUAGGGGCUGGCUGUGGAACGAUGUUGGAUGCAAUUUGGAUUACUUGCAUUGGAUUUGUCAAUAUUUGCCUGCAAAGUGCGGAUCACCUGACAGGAAUUCUUUGACCCAACUAAUCAGCGGAGGUUCCGGUGAUAUGAAAGAAGGUUCUACGACCAAAUACGCAUGUCCAGAUGGACACAUGCUGCUAGGAGAAGCACUAAGAACUUGCAGACGCGGAGAAUGGACUGGUAAAGCACCCACUUGUAAAUUCGUUGAAUGUGGUCCACCACCAACUUUGGAUCAUGGAACAGUGUCUUUGAUAGACAAAAGAACAACUUAUAACGCGAGUGCUAUUUAUACAUGCCAUGAAAAUUACACACUAGUUGGGGCGGAGCGCCGACAAUGUGAUGGCGAUGGUACAUGGGGUGGUGGCGCUUCCGUGGAGACUCCUAGAUGUUUAUUACAUUGGUGCCCAGCUCCGCCAAAAGUGGAAGGCUCUGUUCUAGAUGCUACAUUGGAUCGUGCUCUUAAAGCUAAAACAGAAGUCAAAUAUGAAUGUCAGAAGGGGUAUACUUUAUUUGGAGAAGCGACUAUAAAAUGUGAAUUGGGAGGCUCUUGGUCUAAGCCUAUUCCUGAAUGUAAAUGGGUAGAAUGUCCACCGCCUAAAACACCUGCAUUUGGUAAUGCUACCCUCGUAUUAUCUGGUUUACCAACCAGAGAUGGAAGCUCUGCCGGGAGUUCAUCAGAAGGUCCUAGUGGACCGGUGCCAUAUGGUGGUGUAGUCAAAUAUGCAUGUGAUGCAGAUCACUGGCUGGUAGGAGAGUCGGAAGCCGUUUGUACCAGGGAUGGAGUUUGGAGCACACCGACACCGUCUUGCGAAUUAAUAACGUGUUUGGAGCCCGAUGUGCCAGCAGGCGGUUACGUCGUCGGAUAUGAUUUCAAUGUUCAUUCCACCAUUCAAUACCAUUGCGAAGCAGGUCAUGCAAGAAGGGGGCCUUCCGAAGCAGAAUGCAGACCUGAUGGAGAGUGGAGCAGACCCGAACCUCAAUGCGAAUAUGUCGAUUGCGGACGUGUACCAGAAUUAGCUUCUGGGCGUGUUAAUUAUGUAAAUAGUACCACACAUUUGGGUAGUGAGAUAGAGUAUUCCUGCUCUUCUGGUCAUCGACUUAGGGGUUCCAAACGACGAUACUGCCUGGACAACGGUCGGUGGAGUGAUGCAGCACCAAAAUGCGAUGAAAUCCGUUGUCCUGAACCUACAAUUGCAAAGCACAGUAUUGUAUCAGUAACUGGAAAUGACAGAAUGUAUGGCCGGACAUUAAUCCGUACUUCUGAAUCAAGUUCUGGAAGCUCAGCAGGAACCUUCAGAGUGGGAGCCGUAGCAAAAUACAGAUGUGAAAGAGGACAUACUUUACAAGGAGAAGCAUUGAGCACGUGUGAAGAAACUGGACAUUGGAGCGGUGAUGUUCCAAAUUGUCAUUUUGUGGAUUGUGGUUCUGCACCAUCAGUUACACACGGUCGCGUAACUUUGGCAAGCAAUGCAUCAUAUUAUGGUGCCGCAGCAUUAUAUGAAUGCGAACCAAAUUUCAAACUUGUUGGAGUUUCUAGAAGACUUUGUAUGGAGAAUGCAACGUGGAGUGGUGAUGCUCCGAAAUGCGAAGAAGUGACAUGCCCCGAGCCCGAACUUUUGGACGGAGCAAGCGUUACCUUGUCAAGUGUCACCGUCGGCGCAGUUGUGACUUACAAUUGUCCAAAAGGUUCUUCUCCCCUGGGAAAUCUCACUCGUACCUGCAACGAACUAGGAAAGUGGACCGGAAAACCUGCCAGAUGCAAACCUGUGGAGUGUCCUUUACCUGAAGAUAUUGAAUUUGGUCGAGUGGUAUUAGUGAACUCUUCGAGAAUUUAUGGUGCUAGUGCCGAACACCAUUGCGCUCCUGGUAGACGGCGUGAGGGACCCUAUUUGCGAAGGUGCCUUGAAGAUGGUUCAUGGUCAGGAACAAUACCACGAUGUGAAGUUGCAGCAGAUGAGGCUACUCAAGAUGGAGGUGUUCUUGGAUUAGCGAUCGGGGUUGCAUCUGGAAUAUUAUUAUUUAUUCUGCUUCUUAUGGGACUCAUAUACAUGCGAUUACGAAAGGCUAGGCCAGUCAAAAAUACUGAAAAUAUUGAAGGUGCCGAACGAAAAGAAGAUGCAAAUGCAGCAGUUGUAAGUUAUGCAACAUUAACUGAUGGGCAAACGAAUCGACAUCAAGGUACUUAUGACAUGUCAGACGGUCUUUACGACGCCCCUUAUGCUUCUGUCAGAGGUAGCGGGCCCCCUUCAACGCAAGGCUAUCCUCAUUCAGCUAAUUAUCCUGGUUCUAUUGGUUCUAACCAGUACCACGGAUAUGAACCAGAGCCCAGACGUCCCCAUGCUGUAACUGUUAAUGGAGUGGCUGUGAGAUAAA